AUGAAUUUUUCGACAUCUAUUUCGAACUGCAUAGUGAUUAAGACAGUCGAUGAGCACAAUGCUUAUGAAUAUUUAAGUGCUUAUAUGCAAUGCCCAGAGCCUUCGUUUUCUGAAACCAGUCUGACAGAAUACUGCCAUGCUCAUCUUCCAUCUUAUAUGAUCCCGUCAGCAUUUACAAUUCUGGAUCAUUUUCCACUCAAUCAAAAUGGAAAAGUCGAUCGAAAAUCAUUGGCGUUGAUAAAGCCAAUAGUAAAAGAUUACAUAGCACCUUAUAGUGAGCUGGAAAAACAUUUAGUAAAAAUUUAUCGAGACUCGCUGAAUGUGGAAAAAAUUGGUUUGAACGACAAUUUCUUUUUACUUGGUGCUCAUUCAAUACUUAUUAAUCAAAUCAAAUCAAAAAUCGAGCAAAGUUUAAAAUUACAUUUAUCGAUUCAAACGUUCUAUGAAAAUCCAACAUUAUCGAUGUUAGCUGAACAUUGCAAGAACUUGUUAGCAGAACAAAAACAAGAACAACAGCCGAAUGAGCAGAUGGUUCUGCCUGCACUGAUUGAACACGAUGAAUCAUCAAGAUAUGAACCAUUUCCUGUCACAGAAAUACAGCAAGCUUAUCUAAUCGGACGAAGUGGCCAUAUUGAACUUGGACAUGUUUCUUGCUUUUGUUAUCAGGAGUAUGAUUGCCCACCAAAAUUCGAUAUUGAACGGUUUGAAGAAGGAUUUAAUCAUUUGAUCCAACGUCAUGAAACUUUACGCAUAGUUUUUUCAUCUGAAACACAACAAAAAAUUCUCAAAAACGUUCCUCACUACACGAUUUCCAUAUUUGAUAUAAAUGAAGUCAUGCCCGUGGAAGAACAACUUCUUAAACGACGUUCACAGUUGUCUCAUCAAAUUCGUCCUAUAGAUCAAUGGCCACUCUUUGACAUUCAGCUAACUCGAUUUAUAAUCGACAAUGAAUAUCAGUUCCGCUUACACGUCGGUGUUGAUCUUCUUAUUGUAGAUCUUUGGAGUUUAAACAUGAUUUUGUAUGAAUUGAAUCAGCUCUAUUUGAACGCAAAUACUGUUUUAACACCAUUUAAUCUCUCUUAUCGAGACUACAUUUUGGCCGAACAUCAAAUAAAAGAUUUACCAAUCUAUCGAAACGAUAAACAAUACUGGAUCGAUCGUUUAGGAUCAUUUCCAUUGGGUCCUAACUUACCAUUGCGAUGUUUACCAAACGAACUACAGAAACAACGAUUUCAUCGUUUGAAACAAACGUUAGAUCGAUCAGUAUGGCAAAGCUUAAAAAAUCGCCUUACCAAUCUCCAGUUGUCGCCAGCCGGUUUUCUGGCAUCUGUUUAUGCCAUAGUACUAGCCAGAUGGAGUGAGGACAAACAUUUUUCUCUAAAUCUACCGAUUUUCUACCGAUUACCGAUACAUAGACAAGUCAAUCAAAUAGCGGGAGACUUUACGUCGGUAAUUCUAUUAGAAGUCGAUUUGAAUCAGCCGAUCACUUUUGAUCAAUUUGUUCAUACUGUUCAAAAGCAGCUAUGGAAUGACAUUGAACACAUGUCUUACAAUGGAGUAUCCUUUAUUCGUCAAUUAAUGCAAACACAAAAUACAAGACAAAUUAUUUUACCGAUCAUUUUCACAUGUGGAAUCGACACCAGCGAGGCCAAUUCCAAUAAUAGAAACACUAAUAUUCUAUUCGAUCAACCUGCAGUGUUCGGUAUUACUCAAACUCCUCAGAUUUUCCUGGAUAAUCAAGUGCAUGAGCACGAUGGACAACUAUUAAUCCAUUGGGAUCACGUAGAAAAUUUAUUUCCACCUAAUAUGAUAAAUGAUAUGCAUCACACAUUCACCAACAUGCUAACAUCACUGGCAUUGUCAGAUGAGAUUUGGCAAAAAACUAUUACUGUAUCGUUAUCACCUGAUCAACAACUAAGACGACAUAUCUUUCUACAAACGAAUUGGGAAACACCUGCAAAACACAAAACACUUCACGCAUUGGUCAAUGAACAAGCUGAGCGAACACCUGAUGCUUGGGCUGUUCUCUCAUCACGUGGAAAUCUCACAUAUAAACAGUUGAUGAAUCGUGCCUAUUCAUUAGCAUAUCAAUUAGAACAACAAGGAGCACAAUCAAAUCAAUUGAUUGCUAUUUUAAUGGAGAAAGGUUGGGAACAAAUCGUUGCAUGUUUAGCUAUUUUACUAUCAGGUGCUGCAUAUUUACCAUUGGAUAUUGAUUCUCCACAUGAUAGAUUAUCUUCAUUGAUUCAAGAAGCUGAUGUUAAAAUUAUUCUCACAGAAUCUAAUUAUCAAUCAAUGUUUACUCAUUUAAUAAUCAUUUCAGUUGAUACAUUUACUAAUGAUCUUUAUCCAAUACUAUUUCCAAUAAAACAGCAAUUAAUAACUGAUUUAGCAUAUGUUAUUUACACAUCAGGUUCAACUGGAAAACCAAAAGGUGUUAUGAUUAAUCAUCAAGCAGUCAUUAAUACAAUUCUUGAUAUGAAUUCUCGAUUGGAAAUUUCAACCGAAGAUAGAAUAUUUGCAUUAUCUCAUCUAAAUUUUGAUUUAUCCGUUUUCGACAUAUUUGGAAUGUUAACAAGUGGAGGAGCUAUUGUUAUUCCUGAUCAUCAACAUUACAAAGAUCCAAAACAUUGGUAUGAACUAUUAAUUGAACAUCGAAUUACAAUUUGGAAUAGUGUUCCAAUGUUAAUGCAAAUGUUAGUCGAACAUUUAAAGGAAUGUUGCAGUAAAAAUCAUUUACGACAUAUUCUAUUGAGUGGUGAUUGGAUACCAUUAUCUUUACCAAAAUCAAUAGAAAUGACAUUUGGUGAACAAGCGAUAAUAACAAGUUUAGGUGGUGCUACUGAAGCAUCUAUUUGGUCAAUCGCUUAUUCCAUUCCAAAACAAAUACCAACAGAAUGGAAAUCUAUUCCAUAUGGAAUGCCAUUACGAAAUCAGCAUUAUUAUGUUUAUGAUUCACAUUUGAAUGAUUGUCCUGAAUACGUCACUGGUGAAUUGUAUAUUGGUGGAAUAGGAUUAGCUGAUGGUUAUUGGAAAGAUCAAGUCAAAACAGAAUCUAGUUUUAUUAAUCAUCCAUGCACUCAUGAACGUCUUUAUCGAACAGGUGACUAUGGCCGUUUCUUACCAAGUGGAUAUAUUGAGUUUGUUGGGCGAAAAGACUUCCAAGUGAAGUUACAUGGACAUCGAAUUGAACUUGGAGAAAUUGAAUAUAAUUUAGAUCAACAUUCAGAUAUUCAUCAAGCAAUUGUUAUUGUUGAUAAUAAAUCUCAGAGAUUGAUUGCAUAUAUCAUGCCAGAAAAGCAUACUGCUCCAAAAGAUGAUAAUCAAGAAUCAAAUAUUUUUAUCAUUGAUCCCAUUGAACGUACAAAUUUUAAACUCGCUCGACAUGGCAUAUUACACAAAGAUGAAGUGCAGAAAAGUUAUUCUCUUAGAAAACCUGAACAAACAGAAGCUUUAAUCGAUAAAUAUUAUACUCGAAAGAGUUAUCGACAAUUUACAAAUGAAACUAUUAAAAAAUCUGACAUUGAAUAUUUAUUAACAAAAUGCUCUUGUAAUACUAUCGAAAAGAAAGCUGUCAAGUCAUUGUUGAAUUUCAACAAUUUAAGUGAAUUUUUGUCGAUGUUAACAUCAAUAAAUGUUUCCAAUGAGCCAUUACCAAAAUAUCGUUAUGCAUCGGUAGAAAGUCUUUAUCCAGUUCAAGUAUACAUUGAAGUAUUUUCAUCAAUCAACGAUAUAACACCAGGUCUUUACUAUCAUAAUCCUGACAAACACGCUCUUGAAUUCAUUGGAGAAUGUACCAACAACCACAAUGGUAACAUUGAAAUUCGUUUACAUCUUGUUGGAAGAUCAGCAGCCAUUUUUCCUUUAUAUGGGAAAAAAUUGGGUUCUCAAUUUUGCAUAUUAGAAACUGGCUAUAUUUUAGGGCUUCUACAACAUGAAUCAUCAAAAAUGGGAUGGAAACUGUCAAAUAUUACUCAGAUUAAAACAAGGGAAGAACAACAACUUAUUUUAGAAGACAAUGACACUUACUGCAGUUUUUCAAUUACAUCAAUCGAACCCCAAUUUUUCGCUAAUAAUAAUGUAAAGGAGACCAACUAUCCAGAUUGUUUUGUUUAUUUGAAAACAUCUGAUGAGAACAAGGAUCAAUGGUUUGUUUAUGACAUACAAAAUAAUAUUCUUAAAACUCAUUGUGUGAAAUCAGAUGUAAAACAAGAACAAGCACCACUUUUGUUCGCCGAUGAUGAUGAAACUAAAGUAAUUUUUAAUAAUUGCCAAGCUGCUGUGUUUUUUGUUGGAGAAUCUGACCAACAACUGAAUAGUGGCACCAUGGCACACUUAUUAAUGUCUGCUGGUUUGGAAAUUAAUAUUGGAAUGUGUCCAAUUGGUAGUCGAAUCAAUUUUCCAUUGAAUAUCAAUAAUGUACUCCAUGAAAUUUUAAGUUCUUAUGGCGCAAAUAAAGAUAACAAAUUGUUACAUAUAUUACUUGUUGGAAAAAUUGAUCCGAAACAGAAGCAUGCACGCACUGUUUCAGCGAUCAAAACGAUACCGGAUUACAGUCAAACAUUAAAAGCAUACUUAAAUACGAAACUUCCCAACUAUAUGAUACCAUCGCUUUUUAUAACUCUUCGAAAAUUCCCAUUGAAUCCAAAUGGUAAAGUCGAUCGAAAAUCUUUACCUGAACCAUCUUCAUUAGCUUUCAAUCUACAAAAAAACUAUGUCGCACCGAAUAGUGAUUUAGAAAAAACUUUAGUAUCCAUUUGGCAAGAAUUGUUAGAAAUAGAUCGAGUCGAGUUGGACAACAACGAUUUUGAACAUGACGAAAACUCUUUGUUUGUGCCUAACAUUUCUUCAAAUGUGGAUGUUCAGAAAAAUAUACCAUUAAAUGAUAGCGUGAAAUCAGAUCGAAAAGAUAUUGCCUUGGUAAAGUUUCCAAGUUCGAACAUCAUGAAGAAAGAUAGACCUGAUGUGUCCUGUAACCAAAGUGAAGAUCGCCUACAUGCGCCAUUGCACGAUCAGUCGCAGCGUGCUGACGUUAAAAUUUCUAUUACAGAGAGCUUCUUUGCUCUCGGUGGUCACUCUUUGCUUCUCAUCAAACUUUAUCAACGCUAUCAAUCGGUGUUUGGCUUCGAUUAUCAAGCACUAGCUAUUGGGCCCUUCCUUCGACAAGCCACAAUAGCUGAGCAUGCCAAACUACUUCAGACCAUCAAUGUCGGUAAUAUGAAAUCACAAGUUUGGGAACCACUGCAUAUUAGUGAAGGUAAGAAGCACUUUGUAGUAUCAUUGCUCUAA